AGACUGCUAGCAUUUAAAAGCAGAACUCGACCAUUUUCCGGCAGAACAGGGACAGAUUGUGAUACACCAAGACUUCUCGUAGAGACCAUUACGAUUAACCAUGAGAAGGCACUUGCGGGCAAGUCUUUGGAUCCUUUGUUUGGCCACCAUGGCGUUUUCCAUCCUUGCGGCAGUAAAUACUUCGCCCAAACCAACGCUGACUUCGGCGUUUAGUGGAAAAGCUGGCACCACUGCCGUGAAGGCGAAUAAGACGACGGGUGAGCUGCUGCCCAUGGUCAUUAACACUUGGAACUUCACGGCUGCCAAUGUGCUCGCCUGGCGAAUCCUGAAGCAAAGCAAGGGUGGACUCCGGCAGACGCGGAAUGCGGUAGUGGAGGGCUGCUCGAAGUGUGAGAAACUCCAGUGUGACCGAACGGUGGGCUAUGGCGGAUCGCCGGACGAGUUGGGCGAAACCACACUGGAUGCCAUGGUCAUGGACGGGGCCACCAUGGAUGUGGGGGCAGUGGCUGGUCUGCGACGCAUUAAGGAUGCCAUUAAGGUAGCCCGGCAUGUUCUGGAACACACGCAGCACACCAUGCUGGUGGGUGAUGCGGCGUCAGCUUUCGCCAAUGCUAUGGGAUUCGAAUCAGAGUCGCUGGUCACGCCGGAGUCGAAGGACAUGUGGUUACAGUGGACGGCUGAGAACUGCCAGCCAAACUUCUGGAAGAACGUUCACCCGGAUCCCAAGGUCUCUUGCGGCCCGUAUAAGCCGCGGCCGACUCCGCUGACCCGCUGGAAGGAGGACCGUGCCCGCAAUGAGUAUGAGAUCGGACGCAAGAACCACGAUACCAUCGGCAUGAUCGCCAUCGACGUGGAAAGCAACAUCCACGCCGGCACCUCCACCAACGGGGCGCGGCACAAGAUUCCCGGACGGGUCGGCGACUCCCCCAUUCCGGGUGCUGGCGCUUAUGCAGACAACGAGGUGGGUGCAGCCGUGGCAACCGGAGAUGGAGAUGUGAUGAUGCGCUUCCUGCCCUCCCUGCUAGCGGUGGAGACCAUGCGGGCGGGAAAACCUCCGGCUGAGGCAGCUCAAGAGGGCCUUCGCCGCAUUCUCAAGCACCACAAGGAUUUCAUGGGUGCUCUCAUCGCCGUAGAUCGGCUGGGUAAUUAUGGCGCUGCCUGCUACGGCCUGGCCGAAUUCCCCUUUAUGGUUAGCAGUCCAGCCGGAGCGGAUGGGCCUACGCGCUUGGAAACGGUCAAAUGCAUAGGUGGUCAGGACAAAGUAAAUAUCGUGGCGUUGUGAGGUGGCGAAAACUGUAACGUAUUUCAAUAAAAUUUAAAUUUCGUGGAGUUCUCAUCUGC